UAUUGUAGUUCAAUCUGAAGUUUGUAUUGAGUGCACAAGAUAAGGAUGGCGGCGACGGCUGCGAACGGUAGUGUCGGCUCGUGUGAGGCGGGACCGUUGAAGAAACCACAGCAAUGUAACGGAAAGGAAUCUAGUGCUAAUGGCAAGAUAAACAAUCAUAAAAAUGGAUACACGAAGUCUACUCAGCACAGCAAUCAUGACAAACGAGCGCCACACAUACCACCCCUGGACUGGAAGACAUUCGGCGGCACCGAGGAGUCCUUCGAGCGCUGUUCACUCAUCACUGCAGCUCUCACGCAGUUCAGCUUCUUCCUUAUAAUCUUCUUGAGCUACAUUAAUCAGUUGCUCUUCCCGCCCAAGGUCGCCACGGAGAGGAAGAGAGAGGGCUACGCACCGCUAUACAACCCGUUCGACCAGUUCUACUCGCGCUAUGUGUACCGACGAGUGAAACACUGCUUCAAUCGACCAGUCUGCUCCACACCUGAAGCGGAGAUCACGCUGAAAGAGCGCGCCACCAACGACUACAACUGGACCUUCAGGUUCACGGGACGCGAGCUGAAAUGCGUGAACCUGGGCUCGUACAACUACCUGGGGUACCGAGGCGGCAACGCCGACGUGGAGGCGGCCACUCGCCGCUACGGGCUCGCCCUGGGCUCGUCGCGGGCGGAGCUGGGCUCCUGUCCGUUGCAUGCUCAGCUCGAGUCUGAGCUUGCUGAGUUUUUGGGUGUUGAGGCAGCCGUGGUAGUAGGAAUGGGUUUCGCCACCAACUCCCUCAUGCUGCCCGGCCUCCUGGCGCCCGGUGCGCUGGUCCUGAGCGACGAGAACAACCACGCGAGUUUAAUACUGGGGCUGCGGCUGGCGGGAGUGACCGUGAGAGUGUUCCGGCACAACGACGUGAGGCACCUCGAGCAGCUCGCGAGGAAAGCGAGGGCGGAGGGGAAGUGGGAGAAGAUUGUUAUUGUAGUAGAAGGCGUGUACAGCAUGGAGGGCUCCGUGGCGGCGCUGCCGGCCGUGGUGGCGUUGAAGAAGCGUCUCGGGCUGCACCUGUACCUGGACGAGGCGCACAGCGUGGGCGCGCUGGGUCCGCGCGGGCGCGGCGCCACGGACGCGUGCGGCGUGGACCCCGCCGACGUGGACGUGCUCAUGGGCACCUUCACUAAGAGCUUCAGGGCUGCGGGCGGGUACAUCGCGGGUUCCCGGCAACUCGUGAACUGGGUGCGCGCGCACGGGCACGCGCACGCGUACGCGCAGAGCAUGGCGCCGCCCGUCGCCGCGCAAAUACUUAGCGCGCUCAGGGAUCUACGCGCUGAAUCUGGCCAGGCGCGUGUGGCCACGCUUAGGGAUAACACGAGAUACUUCCGCGAACGACUACGCGCGAUGGGAGUAGUUACGUACGGGCACCCCCAGUCCCCCGUGGUCCCCAUGAUGGUGUACUCGUUCAGCAAGAUGGCCGCGUGCGUGGAGCGGCUCACGGCGGCCGGCGUGGCCACCGUCGGCGUCGGCUUCCCCGCCACGCCGCUACACCAGGCCCGCAUACGGUUCUGCCUAUCAGCGGCGCACACACGAGAGCAACUCGACAAAGCGCUCGCGGCCAUCGAAGCGGCGGCCGACGAGCUCGGCCUGCGAUACUCACGCCUCCCGCACUAGCUUUACUUUACGCGGUUAUCAUGUUGGUGUGAGCGAGACACCGUGUAUGCGCUGUCGCGCUCGCACACUGGAGCGGCGAUCCGCAUCCAAUGUGAAGACCGCCUUAGCGUACGAGUGUAUGUGAGAUUACUCAAUAAAUUAUUUUAUGUUG